UUGGUUCAAUAUAUCAGGUUCACGAAAUUGAGGGAAGUGAAAGGUUUCAAAAAUGAAAGAGGCGGGUCCAAUCAAAAUUGAUUUUAAAUGCCUUGAAUUGAUUUUGGGUGAAUAAACAUAAAUAUUUUUUCAUUAAUGACUUGAUUUAUUGCACGGAGCCAUGCAUGCAUGCAUGUUUGCAUCCUAUAUACUAUUCCUUUUUGAUUUUCAAAUCAUGAAUUUCAGUUACAAUUUAUACCAUUCAAUAUUUCCAUUUUCAAUUAAGCGUUAUGGUUACUGCUUAGGCUUUCAAAAAAAAUCGUUUUCCCCUAUUUUUCAAUGGAACGUCUUGUUGGAAAUAAGUUUCGUCUUGGUAGGAAGAUCGGUAGCGGCUCCUUUGGAGAGAUCUACUUAGGUACUAAUAUUCAAACUAAUGAAGAAGUAGCAAUUAAGCUUGAAAAUGUCAAGACUAAGCAUCCUCAAUUGCUGAAUGAGUCCAAGGUGUACAGAUUUCUCCAGGGAGGAACUGGAAUUCCAAAUGUUAGAUGGUUUGGAGUGGAGGGAGAUUACAAUGUUUUAGUGAUGGAUCUGCUUGGAUCUAGUCUUGAAGAACUUUUUACCUUUUGUAGUAGAAAGUUAUCACUAAAGACAGUUCUUAUGCUUGCUGAUCAAAUGAUUAACCGUGUUGAGUUCAUUCAUGCGAAAUCAUUUCUACACGGAGAUAUCAAACCAGAUAAUUUUCUAAUGGGGUUAGGAAAGCGUGCAAACAAGGUUUUUUCUAUUGAUUUUGGUCUGGCUAUGAAAUACAGAGAUAUAUCAACCCAUCGACACGUUCCUUACAGGGAAAAUAGAAAUUUGACUGGAACUGCAAGAUAUGCUAGCAUGAAUACUCACCUUGGCAUUCAACAAAGCCGAAGAGAUGAUUUAGAGUCUCUUGGUUACGUUUUAAUGUACUUCCUGGGAGGAAGUCUUCCUUGGCAGGGAAUUAAAGCAGGUACCAAGAAACAGAAGUAUGAGAAAAUUAGUGAAAAAAAGGGUUCUACAUCGAUUGAAGCCUUGUGUCGAGGUUAUCCAACAGAAUUUGCAUCAUACUUCCAUUACUGUCGCGCAUUAAGGUUUGAUGAUAAGCCAGAUUACACUUAUCUCAAAAGGAUAUUCCGUGACCUUUUUAUUCGUAAAGGAUUCCAGUUUGAUUACGUGUUUGACUGGACCAUCUUGAGGUAUCAGCAGUCACAGCUUGCCACACCUCCAGCAUGUGCCAUCGUUCGUGGUACUGGAACCAGUUCUGCAAUGCCACCCGCAGUUACCAUUGCUGAUAGACAUACAGGAGCAGAAGAAGGGAAACCCCCUGGUUUGGUAUCUGUGGAUUCCUUGAGGCAUUUCACGUCCAACUGCAUUAGCUUUGUUUUUGCAAAUUCAGUAAUGGCCUCAUAUGUGAUCAUGCAGCUAUCAAGUGCCAAUGUCUUGGGUCAGUCAAGUGGAUCAUCUAGGCGAGUUGCUGUUUCUAGUAGUCGUGAUGCAUCUGUUGGUGCUGAAUCAGAUGUCCGUACACGCACUGUCGAGGCUGGCCCUGGAGCAGCACACAGAACUUUUGGUGGGCAAAGAGGUUCAUUAAUUGGGUCUUCGGAUCCUCAGAGAGUAACUCGGGCUGGGAGAAAUGCUUCUCAAGCCAAUAAUUAUGAAAGUGUCUUUAAAGGCAUGGAGGGUUUGCAGUUAGAAAAUGAUGAGAGGACCCAUUAUUAAUAUCUCUCACCUUCUCAUCUUCUGUGUUUGAUAGCCGCCACCACAAAAGCAAAAGUUGCUUAUAUGUUGUGACCAGUGAAGUUGAGCUGUGAAAAAGUUUGGAUCUGAACUUAAAAAUCCAGGUUUGUGUUGCCAACAUUUCUGCUCUAUCGAGGGAUGGUGCUUUUCUGUAUAAUUCAGGUUUAAGUGGCACUUCACUUCUGGCCGGAAUUUCCCGUGAGUUACUGUGUUGGUAUACCAGAUGUUUACAGGGGUACCUAGACCACAAAGGUCAAAAUUAUCAAAUUUAAUUAGCCAUUGACAUUGUAUUCUUGUUGGGUAAGAUUCCUUUAGUUUUCACUAUGCAAGUAUCUGGAAAUUAUUCUGGUGUUUGAAACUUGGAAUGUUUUACCUUAUCUGGUUUCUAUCAAGCUGAAAUCAUGUAAUGUUUUACCUUAUCUGGUUUCUAUCAAGCUGAAAUCAUGCUAUUUCA